AUGUAUAUUUAUUGUGUUCAUGAGCCAAAGCAAACUAAGAAGACUAGCAAAGAUGAAGUGUUGGAUGAAAACUCUAGCGACCUAGGAUCAGCCGAUGAAGGGGAUGGAAAUGAUAAUGCGGAGGAAAGGUACGGGGAUAACACAUCUCUUUACGAAGAGAAAAGCAAAAUAGAUAGAACACCCUUCCAUGCAGAAAGGUAUGGGGAUAACACAUCUCUUUACGAAGAGGAAGGCAAAGUAGAUAGAACACCCUUCCACGCAGAAAGGUAUGGGGAUAACACAUCUCUUUACGAAGAGGAAGGCAAAGGAGAUAGAACACCCUUCCAUGAAGAAAUGUAUGGGGAUAACACAUCUCUUUACGAAGAGGAAGGUAAAGGAAUGAAUUUUGGUGAACAAGACUUUAUCAGUUAUUAUAGUGACGAAGAUUUUGGAGAUAGAACACCCUUCCAUGAAGAAAGGUAUGGGGAUAUCACACCUGUUUACGAAGAAGAAGACGGAGAGAGGAAUUUCGGUGAAUAUAACUUUAACAAUUUUUAUGAGGACGAAGAUUUUGGAGAUGAUACAUCGUUCCAUGAUGACAACAAUAACAUCCGCAUCGAAGAAAUGUGGAAAGAAGGAAAUAAAGAAGUAGAUUAUGUCGAAUCAGCAGACAUAUAUUCCAGUAACCGAACCGCCACCCCAAAAUGGAAAUUCUUUUAA